AAAAGAACGGCGGUGUAUUAUUCGAGAACAGUGGGAGAGCAGAGGUGGUGCACCGCAUGCGCAUAUCUGGCAUGGGCGUCUCGCGGGUCGCCUGGAGAGCCCGAUGCGAUGAGGGCUGUCAGUGUCAGUGUGUACUGUUCUGUAUCCUGGAAUUCCACCGGGUGGAGGAGGAUUUGUUGUGAUGACUUACGGUAUUCACGGUAUUGUCAUAUAUAUGUGUGUGUGUGUGUGUGUGUGUGUGUGUGUGUGUGUGUGUGUUUAUGUAUAUCCGUGCAGGUGAUCGAAUCGAGCACAACCCGCCUCUCGUCUCAGCAAUUUCCAUGAUAUACUGCAUUGGUUCGACGAACACCUGACCAUCCCUGACGAUUUGGGGGGGAAGAUUAUUGACGACACGACCGUUGUUCCAUUGGAUAGUUGGCUAUUGUGGU